CAAACAUCUGCCAAUCCUUAUUAAUUGCCCUCGUCUAUCUAACCACUGCUUCUUUGGCGGUCUCUCUCUCUUCCCUUUCUCUCGGCGUUAUCCUUUUUCUAGUUUCUAUCUUUAGACUUUUCUAUCUAAAAGAAUAAAAAGAAAAAAGCAUACACACAAAAUUUUGUAAUUGGAAGAGAACUCCCACAAGAAUCGACUUUCCCACAAACUUCAUCCAUUAUUUAGUGUUCCUUCCAUUCUUAUCUAUUACUCCUUUUUUAACUCUUUUAUUUCUUUUGUGUUUUUCCUGUUUAUUCUGUAAAUACCCUGUCAAUAUCAUUUGCUCUCAGUAGUCUGUAAUUAGAAUUUGUUCCUAGUUUCAGAAGCUAUGGCGUUGGUUGAAGCUUUCUUGGAGAUUCUGGAAAGGCCCACAAUCUGGUCAAUAGUGCUAGGGUUGAUACAGUUUUUAGGGCCUGUUUGGAUAGCGUUUUUUCUGGGUGUUGUGGUUGGUUGGGCUUGGAAACCUAGGUGGACUAGUUUAGGAAAUUGUAAAUUUGAAUUUUCAGCUCCUCCUUCGCCUUCAGCUUCAAUUUCAGCGAAUGCCCAGAAAUGCUUGGAUUUAAGCAGAAUUGGGUCUGCAAGUUUUGAUUCUUCUGUGUUGGAUAAUGGAUUGGGGAGUGAAGAUGGAAUGGUUUUGCCGGCGGAAGAAGAUGGUGCUGUUUUCAGGUCGUCUGAGUUAGGAGAAGAAGUAUUUGGGGCCUCUAGGCUCGUCACAUAUGAGGAUUUGCAACACUUAUGCCAUCUGGUUGAGAGAAAAGAUGGAGGGCUCCCUUGGAAGCAUGUGAUGGAUCGCUCAACUCAAAGUAUGAGCUAUCAAGCAUGGCAAAGGGAUUCUGAGGAUGGGCUCCCUCAGUAUUGUAGCAGAACAGUUUACGAGGAUGCGACUCCCGAAUUAUUAAGAGACUUCUUUUGGGAUGAUGAAUUCCGACUGGAGUGGGACGACAUGCUCAUAAAUGCUUCGAUUUUGGAAGAAUGCCCUAACACGGGAACUAUGGUAGUUCAUUGGACACGUAAGUUCCCAUUUUUCUGCAGUGACAGAGAAUACAUAAUAGGACGUCGAAUAUGGGAUUCGGGAAGAUCAUAUUACUGCGUGACUAAGGGAGUCCCAUGUUCUUCUGUUCCUAGGAGAGACAAACCGAGACGAGUUGAUCUCUUCUAUUCAAGUUGGUUUAUUCAAGCAGUUGAAUCGCGUAAAUCCAACACUGCAUGUGAGGUAAUUCUGUUCCACCAUGAGAACAUGGGUAUACCGCGCGAGAUCGCCAAAUUUGGGGUUCGGCAAGGAAUGUGGGGUGCCGUGAAGAACAUCGAGCGUGGCUUUAGGGCCUACCAAAAGCACCGAGCCUCUGCCCAGCCAUUAUCCCACCAUGCAUUUUUGGCGGGAAUCAACACGAAGCUCGACCCCAAGGCCAUGGAAGACGAGAGGAAAGUAAGAGUAGAAUAUGGAGAUGAUGAUGAUAAGCAAAAUCCUCACAAAGGGGUGAAUUUGCCCAAGCUGUUGAUAAUCGGAGGUUUGGAAAUAUCGGGAGGAGAGGAGUUGUGGGGCCCACUUGAGUGUGCGUUAGAUUUCUGGAAGGAAAAGGUUGUCGUGCGCUGGGCUGCUGAGGGGGAACACAAUACCAAGUACUUUCAGGGGUUUGUGAGGCAGAAGCGUGUCAGUCUCUUUUCACCUCGGAUAGGGACUUGUUUGCGCCCCUUAUUGCUUCCUUCUUCCCGACCAUCCCUUAGUGACAAUAUCCUUCUGGUCCAGAAGAUGAUUUACGUCUCCCAUGUGAAUCGGAUGCGAGUCCCGAAACUUGCGCUGAAGUUAGACAUGGCUAAGGUGUAUGGAGUGGUCGUUUCUCAUGGAGGCACUGAUCUGGAUGGGCUUCCCAGAGCGGUGUGUCAGUUUUGUGGAGGUAUGAAGCUUUGUACCGGCGAGGAAGCACGAGGACGAAUUGACUUCCAGCCGGUCGAGUGUGUUGUUUUAGGUGACAUGAUGUGCGGUUCUCCCAAUGGCCGGCUGAGGACCACCUUAAGCUCGCUCUCCUCGCCGGCAGAACGCCAAGACCUGCACGAAACUCUCACACCGGAGGGUUUUUCUGUUGAAGAGCCUCCAACGCUCAAGAAUCUAUCAGAAACCGUUAUGGGCAAGGGCCAAUUAUCUCACGCCACGUGUCCCUACGCUCAUGCGGCCAAGAUUUCCUUAGAGACUCUAACAUUCGACCAGGGACUGCCUCUUGGAUUUGUUGUUCGAGAUUUGCCACCUGGAGUUGGAUUUCAUGAUGUGGUUGGGCGGGGGCUGUUGAGGGAGUAG